ACCACCUUAACUUCUUCAUUCUAUCCUCCAUUUAGGAUUUCUCAUAACAUAACUUGUUGAGAGAGAGAGAGAAAGAGAGCAAAAAUGGCUGCCAAGAAAUUCACUACCAUAUUGAUCUUGACAACGGUAGCGUUGGUUGUGAUGGGAAGUGCCAUCACCGGCAAAGCACUUUCAGAUUGUGCCAAAAACUGCAUGCCUACAUGUUUGGCGGAGGAGGAUACCACCAUGUCUGAUUGUGAGAAUUCCUGUGAAAGCUUCUGCGAAACACAAGGCUCAAAUUCACCUGUUAAUAUAUUUGGCACUGGAAAGAGGACACCCAAAUUUGAUGCUAAACUCUACAAGGAACAAGUACAUGCAAAACUCAAUGCAGCAGGAGCUAAAAAAGUCUGAUGAAUAUAGGAUCAAGUACUAUGACUCUAUGUUCAGUUAGAUCUCAGUUUUUGAGGCUUGAUUUGUACUAAUCCCUAGCUUAAUAUUUAUUGUUAUUAAUAAAUAGUAUUACUAUAAUAAAAUAUUAGUCAAAACUAAUCACCCGAUUAGUCCAUUGGCCAAAGCCUGCAUCUCCCCACCGUCAUGUGAGGUUAGAGAUUAAAAUUUCUCCACUUUUGUGUGGAUUGUAUUAUACUUGUAUUGUUUCUAAUUUUUCUCUCAUUUUGAAAGUUUCUUUAUAAUAAUGAAUUUUAUUUGAUCUUUAUCCUCA